UGCAAUUCUGCAGAGUCAAUCAAUUCAACUAUUCAACCCCUUAACUUUGAUCCUGUUUUCGACUGUUUGUGGUUACGCUGUAUCUAAAACAAAGAAGCUCUUUUCUUUCUUAUUCCUCAACAACCAGGACGCACACGCUCACCUUGGGUCCUUCGUCUUUCUCCGCCCAGCAUGACGCAGCCAUUGGAGCUUGCUAAAAGUCUUGUUCGCUCUGUUGUUCGUGCGCUAUAUGACAUACCAAAUGUCCUGAUUAUAGAUGCCUUGGUUAUACAUUCGGCGCUAAAGGACGAAGACUUGAGAUUUAUGCUGGGUAUGAACACCAAAGAGGUGCACAGGCUUUGUGGCAAGCUAAGAGAAGAUCGCUUCCUUGGGUCAUAUACUCGGCAUGAGCAGUCAAAUAACCCAGAGCAGAAGCGCCUUAUAAACAAGCAAUACUAUUACAUCGAUUACCGCCAAGCCAUCGAUGCUAUUAAGUGGCGUGUAUACACGGCGGACAAAGACGUGCAAGGAACCAAUGUUCCAGCCAGCGAGCGGAAAGAAUACUUCUGCAGUCGCUGCAAGGCUGAGUGGACGCAAAUGGAGGUCCUGGACAAAGUCAGCGCCCAGGGAUUCUUGUGCCACAACUGCGAUUACCCUCUUAUGCAUGACCCAGAGAGGUAUUCCACUGGUCACCAGGAAUCCACCCGGCUCAAUGAACAAUUCAAAUUCAUCACAGAAAUGCUACCACGAAUAGACGAUGUUAUCAUUCCCGAUAAUACCUUCGAUAUUGCCAUCAGCGCCUAUAAGCCAUUGGCUCCGGAGGUGAACCAUGGACCGGGUUCCACCUCGUUCUCUAUCCUCCAGCCCAUGGCGGUCAAGGGCUUGGAUAAUUUGGGGCCGAAAUACCUUUCAGUCAAUAUUUCGACUUCGAAUGGCCCUUCCGAUGCUGAUAAGGCCGCAGACCAGGCCCGGAGAGACAAGAUUGCUCAACAGAAUGCCUUGCCGUCUUGGAUGUCAAAUAGUACAAUCACAGGAGAGUCUUUCUCUGCGAACCAAGGUACUCCAGUUCCAGUAUCCAGAUCUGACGAACACGACACUGGGAAACCAACUGCCAAAACCUCGAAAGAACAUGACGACACAGAAUUGGCCAGGAUGUUCGCUGCAAUCAAAGCACAGCAGGAGGCAGACGCUGCGCGUGCACUGGCCGGAAAUGAGAGCGAAGAAGAGGAGGAUGAGGAAGACGAUAAUCACUUUGAGGAUGUUGUGACCGCGGGAACCCAGCUGGGCGGUGUUAUGUCGAGAGACUCAGCCCAACAUUCCUUAAAGAGAAUGACUUCAGUGCAAGGGGAGACCUCCGAGGAAAGAGGGGGUAAGAAACUCAAGACGGGAGAUCCAGAUCUCAUUCAACUAGCAGAUGAAGACGAAAGUGAGGGGGAAGUUGAGUUCGAGGACGUCUCUUAGCUGGUGUCAAAUGCCCACAGCCACCUUAUCGAGGCGGUGACAAACCACAUUAUGUCAGACGUAUAGAGCACCUCAUUCCUAUAUAUCCACACUCAUUUGCCCGAGGUUUUCCCUAUAGUUAGACAUUCCCACAGAGUAUCUUUUACUCUGCUUUAACAUAUAUAUAUAUCUUUUUAUAUACCUUAUUUAUAUACUGAUAGUUAU